AUGUCCCUCACCGAACUUCCAUACAAUGUGUUGGACGACAUUGUGAUGUUCUCGUCCCGGCUGCUGCAGUUACGAUUGGCCCAACUCAACAAUUACCUCCGUCACAGAGUCAAUCUGACUUUGUACAGAAACAUCAUGAUCGUGGAUACCGUGACUGACCUCGUCUCCACAUCCUCCACCUUAGUGUGCACAGACAAUGUGCAACAAUUCGCAGCCUGCUUGAAUCUCCACACUUUUGGCUACAUCGACAAGAUCGUGGUCAACACCCAUGGCUCCAAUUCGGCACAAGUCCUUCGUGGUCUCUACGAAAAACUUCUGGCGUUGUGGAAUUACUGCGAUCAUGCAAUCCACUUUGUCAACUACGAUGUGCUUUCUCUUCGUUCUGCUAACUCACUCGAUAGCUACUUGGCCCAAAACUCCCUCCAGGUCAUGGACAUCGAGGAGGAGAACUGCAUCGUUACCAGGAAAGAUAACAAGACCAUGAACUUGCGAAACUGGUUUCUCGUGGACACCUCAGAGUUCUUGAAUGCUCCAUACAACGAAGAGUUACAACAACUCAACUUGUACGUAGAGAGCAACGCAUACGGCUAUCACGCGGAUGAAAUGAACCAUAUGAGCUCUUCUGAUGCAGCUAUGCGCAACUUGGAGAACAUCAACGAAGUCUUUUUACAUUCACCUUUAGCAUACCUCAAGUUUACCGAAAUGUUGGACACUCUUAACGCUCCCAGAUUGCUGUUAAAGAGAUUGUCAGUGACCUGUUCUCAUCGUGUGCGUAACAAUGCUCCUCUUGACUUUGCCCACAUGAACAAGUUCUUUGACUUGAACAAUUUGGAAGAGCUAGAAAUCCAGCUGAGCUGUAUAUAUCAUCAAGAGUGCUCGAACCUGUGCAUGGUGAAGUUCUUCGAAGAUUGGAAACACCACAACAUCCAGACUAUGUCGUUGACAAAGUUGAAAAAGUUUGCCUUGGUCAAUUAUAAGACUAUGGGCGAAGCAGUGCAGUUCAAAUGGAUUGUGGAGAACUACGUGUUGAGUCCACUUUUCGCCAACCUUGUGGAGUGCUACUUUAACUACGACUUGAGUUCGACCACUCUUAGCAUGGACUGGACCAAAGUGUGUGAAGGUUUGAGACAUCUUCCAGAUCUUGAGGUUCUCCACAUCUCCAAAUUUGUUAACGACUGGCUGCAUGGGCUCCUGAGCUUACUUCAGGAACGCGAGCUUAGAACUUGGGAAGUAAUGCUCAAUCGCUGUACCUGCGACCAAUGCUGCCAAUACCGGAGCAGCUUCAUCGAAUUGGCCCGUGCAGACAAACGCAACCACUACAACCACAAGAUUCGUCUUCGUGAUAUCGACACCCACAACGCUUCCACCUCCAGCAUCGACUUCAAUCUCGAAGAAAACGUCAAGUACCUUCGGUAUAUGGCGGGCCAACUCAGAAAGGAGGAGGUGAUCAUGGAGCAAAACUUGCACAGUACAGGUACUAUGUUGAACAUGAACGACAUGCCUAUUGUGCAUAAUCAGGAGUUGGAUCCAUUCCGGGAGAUGCUCAAGCAUUCAUGUCUCGAGGAGGUGUUCCAGGUGUUGAAGGGCUGGAGUCCACACUUACGAAAGGUGAAUUUUGGAGGAGUUGUUCUCACAGAUUAA